AUGCAGUACCGCCUCAACGAACUGGCCCUCCUGGCCCUCGCCGGCUCUGCCCUGGCCCACCAGCCUCACCAGCACAAGCAUGCCAGGCUCCACGAGCGCCGUCUUGCUCCCAGCGCUCCCUACGGCAUGGGCAACUCCACCCUCCCUGCUGGUCCUACCGGCGGCGCCCCGGUUGCGCCUCCCCAGGAUUCGACCGUCACCCAGGUCCUGACCGCCACCGUCCACGCCACCCAGCUGUACACCCAGAGCGUGGCCUCGCCCGCCGCCGCUGCCAGCCCGAUCCAGGCUGCUGAGGUCAAGGCCGCUGAGGUCGAUGACGCCGCUGAUGACGAGGUUUGCGAGGAGGUGACCGUCACCGUCACCAACGCUCCCGUCACCGUUACCGUCACCGCUGGCGCCAGUGGCGUGGCUUCGUCGGCCGCCACGAGCUACGCUGCUCCUUCGUCUGUCGUCGCUCCCUCCUCUUUCGUCCUCCCCGGCAGCUCCAGCACCAUCGAGGUCAGCACCCAGGCGCCUGCUCCCGCUCCUGCGACGACCGCCUCGAGCUCUGCGGUCUACGUCGCUCCCUCGAGCGCUGCCGUCGAGUCCUCUGCCGCUGCCGAGGGCGUCGCCAGCUCCAGCUCCGUUUACGUCGCUCCCACCACCUCUUCGGUUCCGGCGACCACCGUCGCUCCCUCGAGCACCGUGGUUCCUACCACCUCCUCCACCUCUUCCAGCGCCGCUGCCACCAGCUCGGCUGCUACCGGCGUCACUGGCAUCACUGAUAAGCGUGGUCUCGUCUACAACACCUUCACUGGUGUCGUUGACCAGUUCACCUCGAGCCAGAUCUCCUGGGGCUGGAACUGGGCUCAGACUCCCGGCGGCACCAUGCCUGACGGCGUCGAGUUCGUCCCCAUCCUCUGGGGUAACCGCGAGAGCGAUGACCUCGCCAACUGGAAGAGCAACGCCGAGGAGCAGCUCUCCAGCGGCUGCACGCAUCUGAUGGGCUUCAACGAGCCCGACGUCGACACCGCUGGUGGCGGUUCCAACAUUGCCGCCGACGUCGCCGCCUCGGUGUACAAGGAGUACAUGAACGACUUCGGCAGCAAGGCCACCCUCAUCUCGCCCGGUGUCUGCAACGGCGAGGGUCUCCGUGAGUCCACUGGCCGCAACCAGGGUCUUGACUGGCUCCAGGACUUCUACGAUGCCUGCGGUGGCUUCACCAGCUCCGGCUGCAAGGUCGACAAGAUCAACAUCCACUGGUACUCUUCUUACCAGGGUGACCUUGACAGCAUCAUCACGUACUUCCAGGAGUACGUCGAGAAGGCUCACACCAAGUUCGGCAUGAACCUCUGGAUCACCGAGUACCAGCUCCAGAACGCCGACGACGCCACCCAGGAGGAGUUCAUCACCAAGACCUCCGAAUGGAUGUCGUCCCAGACCUACAUCGAGCGUUACUCGUACUUCAAGGCUGAGACCAUCGUCGCCAGCUCCAGCCUCCUGGCCGCCUACACGUCGUAA